AUGGCCAGUUCAGCCCGAGAACAUCUGCUUUUUGUGCGACGUCGCAACCCACAGCUACGGUAUACUUUGAGCCCAGAGAAUCUGCAGAGUUUGACAUCUCAGGGCACCAUGGCUGAGAACAUGAACUUACAGCGUGCCAACAGCGACACUGAUUUAGUGACCUCGGAUAGCAGGUCUAGUUUGACAGCCAGUAUGUACGAGUACACCUUGGGGCAAUCUCAGAACCUCAUCAUUUUCUGGGAUAUUAAGGAAGAAGUAGACCCGACUGACUGGAUAGGACUUUACCACAUAGAUGAGAACUCUCCAGCCAAUUUCUGGGAUUCCAAGAAUCGGGGAGUGACUGGCACGCAAAAAGGACAAAUUGUAUGGCGAAUUGAACCUGGCCCCUAUUUUAUGGAAUCUGAAAUAAAGAUCUGCUUUAAAUACUACCAUGGUGUUAGUGGAGCCCUCCGAGCUACUACUCCAUGUAUCACUGUGAAAAACCCUGCUGUGAUGAUGGGAGUAGAAGGCACGGAUGGAGGUGCUUCUGGAGCCCAGCACUCUAGGAAGUUAGUCAGCUUUACCCUGUCAGAUAUUAGAGCAGUUGGACUUAAAAAAGGCAUGUUCUUCAACCCUGAUCCUUAUCUAAAGAUGUCCAUUCAGCCAGGCAAGAAAAGUACAUUUCCUACGUUUGCUCAUCAUGGCCAGGAAAGGAGGUCGACUAUCAUCAGUAACACAACUAAUCCUGUUUGGCACAGAGAGAAAUAUUCUUUUGUUGCACUUCUAACAGAUGUCCUGGAAAUUGAGGUUAAAGACAAAUUUGCCAAGAGUCGUCCGAUCAUCAAGCGCUUUCUUGGGAAGUUAACCAUACCAGUUCAGAGACUAUUGGAGAGACAUGCAAUUGGAGACCAGGUUCUCAGCUAUAAUCUUGGCAGAAGGCUCCCAGCUGAUCAUGUAAGUGGAUAUCUCCAAUUCAAAGUGGAAAUCACAUCUUCUGUUCACGAAGAUGCAUCACCAGAAACAGUUGGCACUUUGCUGGGAGUGAACUCUGUAAAUGGAGACUUGGGGAGCCCCUCUGAUGAUGAGGAUAUGCCAGCAGGACAUCAUGAUACAUCCACAGUGUGUUCCAAUGGUCCAGUCCUUGAGGAAUCUUCUGGAGAAGCAAUCCUGAGACACCCUUUAAGGACUAGUACAACUCUGGAAACAGACCAGGACGAGUUGACCUCCAGUGCUUCAAGAUCAUCACCUACCAGAGGUCGCCAGGACUCACUAAAUGACUAUCUGGAUGCAAUAGGACACAAUAGUCAUCCCAGACCUGGGACGUCUUCCUGUGGUGAGCGUCCACGUGGAGCCUCCCCAAAACUGAGGAGUAGCUUCCCUACUGACACAAGACUUAAUGCUAUGCUUCACAUUGACUCGGACGAAGAGGAGCAUGAGCUACAUCAGGACCUGGGUUUUCCGUCUUCCUUAGAAGACGAUGGUGGUUUAGUAAUGCUUAAUGGUGCUACAAGAAAUGUGGAAAGAAGUAGUUACUCAUCAGAUCAGGUAAUGCAAGGGCCUGCAGAGAAUGAAAACAUUUCAGCCUCUGAAGCUCCUUUGCCAUCAACUGAUGACCAGGAAGAGACUCUCCCAGAGCUUCCACUGUCACAGUUAGCAGGAGGUGAAAGCCUUCAAGGUUCUGAAAGUGAAGCACCUGCAGACCAGGCUGGCAGCGAGUCUUGUGCUGCUCAGGAGGCAGAGCAGCCUCCUGGCAGCAUGGACACAGGAGCUGCUGAUGCUGCUGCUGGGAGCAGAAGGGGCGUUAGUGAAACGGAAUCUAUCGACCAAGGGUCUGAACCUUCCCAGAUGUCAUCAGAAACCGAGCAGAGUGAUCCUGCUCGCACAGAAAGCGUCAGUGAGGCUAGUACCCGGCCGGAAGGGGAGAGCGAUGUGGAAGGGGCAGACAGCUCUUGCAACGAAAGCGCGACAGUGCGACGUUCCUCGGUUGAAAUGCGGUGUUCUUCUUUCGAAAGUGCCAGGUUUUCCGAGACUCCGGCCUUUUCCUCUCAGGAGGAGGAAGAGGGAGCUUGUGCCACCGAUGUGGCUAGAAUAGAGCCAGGUGCUGAAACACAGGACUCUGCAAGUACUUCUGGUUCUCUACCUGCAGUAGAGUUACCUCAGGAGGAGGUACAGGAGGCUGAGGCAGGUGAAUUACAAGACCAAGAGGAAGCAGAAGAAAUCUGGCAGAGAAGAAGGAGCCUGCAGGCGGCAGCUGCCAAUAGCCAAUCUCAGGAUGAGGAAACUGAAGGAGCCCAAGCAGCUUGUGAGGGUGCCACAGCACAGGUUGAAGGAGCUACUGGAGGUUCUCAAGCCAAUGGCCAUCAGCCCUUGAGGUCGCUGCCUUCAGUACGUCAGGAUGUUAGCCGGUACCAGAGAGUGGAUGAGGCUCUACCACCAAACUGGGAAGCUCGAAUUGACAGCCACGGACGGAUUUUUUAUGUGGACCAUGUGAACAGGACAACGACAUGGCAGCGACCCACAGCCCCCCCAGCCCCACAGAUUCUCCAGAGGUCAAAUUCCAUACAGCAAAUGGAACAGCUGAAUCGCCGGUACCAGAGCAUCCGAAGAACAAUGACUAAUGACAGGCCUGAAGAGCAUACAAAUGCCGUGGAUGGAGCUGGAGAGGAAACUGACUUUCACCAUUCUAAUGCAGAUUUUCGAAGAGAGAAUGUGCUGCCUCACUCUACCUCCAGAUCCAGACUUACUUUAUUGCUCCAGUCUCCCCCUGUGAAAUUCCUUAUAAGCCCAGAGUUCUUUACAGUGCUGCAUUCUAACCCUAGUGCCUACCGCAUGUUUACAAAUAACACGUGUUUGAAGCACAUGAUCACCAAAGUCCGGCGGGACACCCACCAUUUUGAGCGCUACCAGCAUAAUCGUGACUUGGUGGGCUUCCUCAACAUGUUUGCUAACAAACAGCUGGAGCUGCCGAGAGGCUGGGAGAUGAAACAUGACCAUCAGGGCAAG